CCAAGGUACUUUACUCUUAGUUGCUUUGACGCGAACAACUCUUACCAACCGAACGUAAGGCCCUCACAAAGACAGCCAUAAUGGGUGAUGAAGAAAUUGCAGCACUUGUUGUAGAUAAUGGAUCUGGUAUGUGCAAGGCUGGCUUUGCAGGAGACGAUGCUCCAAGGGCCGUGUUCCCAUCAAUUGUUGGUAGGCCUAGACAUCAAGGUGUAAUGGUUGGUAUGGGACAGAAGGAUUCAUACGUUGGUGAUGAGGCUCAAAGCAAAAGAGGUAUCUUGACACUAAAAUACCCAAUUGAACACGGAAUUGUCACAAACUGGGAUGAUAUGGAAAAGAUCUGGCAUCACACUUUUUACAAUGAACUCCGAGUCGCACCAGAGGAACACCCAGUUCUUCUCACUGAGGCUCCCCUCAACCCCAAAGCUAACAGGGAAAAGAUGACCCAGAUUAUGUUCGAAACCUUCAACAGCCCUGCAAUGUACGUCGCCAUUCAGGCUGUCCUCUCAUUGUACGCCUCCGGUCGUACCACUGGUAUUGUCCUCGACUCUGGUGAUGGCGUCAGCCACACUGUCCCAAUCUACGAAGGUUACGCCCUUCCUCACGCCAUCAUCCGUCUCGACUUGGCUGGACGUGAUCUUACCGACUACUUGAUGAAGAUCUUGACCGAGCGUGGCUAUUCCUUCACCACCACCGCAGAACGUGAAAUCGUUCGUGACAUCAAGGAGAAGCUCUGCUACGUCGCCCUCGACUUCGAACAGGAAAUGCUCACUGCAUCCACCAGCUCAAGCUUGGAGAAGAGCUACGAACUUCCUGAUGGUCAGGUGAUCACCAUUGGCAACGAACGAUUCAGGUGCCCAGAGACCCUCUUCCAACCAGCCUUCAUUGGUAUGGAAUCAAGCGGUAUCCACGAGACUACAUACAACUCCAUCAUGAAAUGCGAUGUCGACAUCCGUAAGGACUUGUACGCCAACACCGUCUUGUCCGGAGGUACGACUAUGUUCCCAGGUAUUGCCGACAGAAUGCAGAAGGAAAUCGCUGCCCUCGCACCAUCAACCAUGAAGAUCAAGAUCAUCGCCCCACCAGAGAGGAAGUACUCUGUAUGGAUCGGAGGUUCCAUCUUGGCCUCGCUCUCCACCUUCCAACAGAUGUGGAUCUCCAAGCAGGAAUACGAUGAAUCUGGCCCAUCAAUCGUCCACAGGAAAUGCUUCUAAAUCUAGGAACUGAAAUAUUGAUUUUAUAACAAAUUUCCUCUAGUCGCUAUGUUCAUAGUGUAUUGUCGUAACAAUUUUUGUGAAGAAAUUUAAGUAA